AUGGGGCAAUCCAGUGUGGCCAAGCAGGCCUUAUCUACACAAAGAGAAAACCCUCAUAGCAAGGUUGUUGAGAUGGGGGCAACUGCAGGAUCUGCAUUUGAACUACCAGUAGCUUGCACAGAUUCUCAGUUAAAAAAGAAGAAGAAGAAAGAAAAAGAACUGGCAAUUGAAUCUAAACUAGAUGGAGAAAAUCUUAGCAUAGCUGUUAAGAAUUUGGGAAAACAAGCCGGGCAUGAAAACAAUGCUGCCUGUGACAUCCCGCCCCGGGGGCUAAAAGUGUCUGCCACCUUUAUCUGCAACAGCAUGGCCAUCCAGGAGCUGUUCAAGUGCAUCUCGGAGCAGUUCGCCGCCAUGUUCUGGCGCAAGGCCUUCCUGCACUGGUACACGGGCGAGGGCAUGGACGAGAUGGAGUUCACCGAGGCCGAGAGCAACGUGAACGACCUGAUGUCCGAAUACCAGCAGUACCAGGCUGGUACUGUUGAGGAGGAGGACGAGUUGGAGGAGGAGGACGAGUUGGAGGAGGAGGACGAGUUCGAGGAGGAGGCCGAGGAGGAGGUGGCCUAGAGCCUCCAGUCACCAGGGAAAGCACCAAUUCUAGAAUUGGUGCUGUUAAGUAACUAGUUAACUAACUAACUAGAAUUGGUGCUGUUUCAACUUACCAACAGCAACUGUUUACCCAACUCCAAACAACACUACAUGGAUGUUCCUAAAGGCUAGAAUUUACAACAGUUUAGCUGUUUAGAAAGCUUUUUCACCAAACACCACUCCCUUUGUUUCCUUGUCAUUGGGAGCCAGUAUACAGACCAUUAGUUCUUUUAAUUUUUUUUUCCUUUUUCGUGGAAAGGUGUGCACUCUUUAUUCACUCCCAGCCUGCCCCGCUGUGUGCGCACUUGCUGUUUUCCCUGUCCACAUCCCAUGCUGUACAGACACCACCAUUAAAGCAUUUUCAUAGUGAAAAAAAAAAU